AUGUCGCCUCUGAAUCACACACCGAAAUCGGAAAGCAAGAAAAAGGGCAAGAAGGAGGAAGAGAUGGAUGACGUCAAGACCCUCAUCUAUCACCGUGGCCAAAUCAAGAGGAAGGUCACAAUGAUUAACCAAACCCUGGAGGAAGCAGAGGACGAUCCGACGAAGAUUACGCCUUCACUGCUGAAGGUCUUCGCGAAGAGGCUGGAGCUGCACUACCAGGAGUACGAAGCAGCUCACCGAGAAGUGCUGGAUGCUACACCGCCGUCCAAAUUCGAGGAGCAGGGUGAAAUGCAGAUGGCUUUCGACAUGCUGCAUAUCGAAGCGACGGAUCGACUCGAGCGGCUCUCCACGAAGCUGACUGCCGGUGGUGCUCCUGCAAUGGCAACAGGCAACCCACAGGUCAUCAUCCAGCAACAACCGUUGCGAGCUCCGAUUCCCAGCUUCGAUGGGAAAGUGGAGAAUUGGCCGAAGUUUCGAGCGAUGUUUGAGGACAUCGUCGUGCGCAGCAAUGAAUCCGACGCCAUGAAGCUGCACCAUCUAGACAAGGCCCUGAUAAGCGAAGCGUCCGGAUGGAUUACAGCAAAGAUGAUCCAGGAGAAUAACUUCCAGCAAACCUGGAAGCAGCUUCAAGACCAAUUCGAAAAUCCUCGUGUGAUCGUUGACACCCAUCUGGCGGGUCUCUUGGAGCUGAAGCCGAUUGCGAAGAGGAACCACAAAGACCUGUUGGAGCUGCUCAAGGCGGUCAACCGGCACAUCGGAGGACUAGAGUACCAAGGCGUAAAGGUUGACGCGAUGUCUGGUCUCUUGCUGACAAAGAUCGUCACGGCCCGACUGGAUGACCAGACACUUCAGCUGUGGGAGAGGACCCAGGAGCACGGUAAGCUGCCUGACUUCGACAAGACAAUGCAAUUCCUGCAGAACGAGUGUCAGGUGUUAGAGCGAUUCCAGAACCGUCAACACCAAGCAUCUUCAACAAAGGAAGGAAGCUUCAGGCCAUCCAACACGAAGUAUACAAGCCAGAAGGUGCACGCUGCAACUCCGACGAGCAAGCCCCAGCGUUGUCUUCUGUGUAACGAGGAUCAUCGCCACUUCGAGUGCCCUAUGUUCAACAAGUGGACAACAACGCAACGUACAGAGAAGGUGAAGGAGUUGAACCUAUGCUUCAACUGCCUAACUUCAGGACAUCGAUCCGCCAAGUGCCCAUCCAGGAAGACUUGUGCGGAGUGCCAGCGAAGGCACCACACGCUUCUGCAUGAGAUCCCGAGGCCAUCACCAGAGAAGCUUGCUCAACCGGUGCAGCAGGCAAGCACAGCUCCAGUGAACCAACCGGCGUCGCCAUCGCAGUUACCUUCUCGAUCAUCGUCAAACACGGCUGUUCCGAACAACCAACCGUUGGAACAGAAGACGGUGAUGCUCAUGACAGCUCUGGUGAAUUUGCGAGACCUCUGCAACAGGAAGGUACCCUGUCGUGUGCUUCUGGAUUCUGGAUCGCAGAUGAGCUUCAUUUCACGGAGUAUGGCAGAUCGUCUGGCGAUACAACGAGCUCCAACGCUUGUACCAAUUACGGGAAUAGGUGCAGCCAGGACUUGCGCUCAUGAGAAGUUGACAGUGGCAGUCGAAUCCAGGUACACUGACUUCUCAACGAUGGUCGAAUGCUUGGUGAUUCCCAAGGUGACAGGAGUCAUCCCCACGACCCAGCUGGAUAUCUCGGAGUGGCCGAUUCCGACAUCUGUGUUUCUGGCUGAUCCCGUGUUUAAUACGCCUGGCCAAAUCGAUAUGCUGCUUGGCGUAUCCCAUUUCCUCCGACUGCUCAAAUUGGGAAGAAUCCAGCUGCGAGAGGACUUGCCCGACCUCCAGGAGACGCAAUUUGGAUGGGUGAUCGCUGGUGACGUCGAGGAAGAACAGAACGAUCAGCAGUGCUACGUAUCCACAGCCAGCACACUCUCCGAAACCAUGAAAAAGCAAAAGGACAACCGAGAGUUAGCCCUGCGUCGCUUCUUUUCCCUCGAAAGGCGGAUGAAGAAGGAUCCUGCUCUCAAUCUCCAGUACAGCAAGUUCAUCGACGACUACGAAGCCCUGGGACACUGCCGAGAGAUCAUCGAGGAUUGCGAUGCACCGAGUCGACCCCGGUACUACAUGCCCCAUCAUGCUGUACUUCGUCCAUCGAGCUCCAGUACAAAGCUUCGUGUGGUGUUCGAUGCAUCAGCCAAGGCUUCGCCAUCUGACGUUGCUCUCAAUCAAGCUCUUCUGGUGGGAGCAACAGUGCAGAACGACAUCUUCGUCAUCCUCAUUCGCUUCUGGAAGCACUUCGUUGUGUUUACGGCUGAUGUUUUGAAGAUGUUUCGGCAGAUCAAGGUAGUUCCAGCCCAUUCGUGCUUCCAAAGGAUCUUCUGGCGAGAUGAUCCUGCGCAACCUCUUCGGGUACUGGAGUUGACAACGGUGACGUAUGGAACAGCGUGCGCUCCAUUCCUCGCGACAAGGUGUUUGUUGCAGCUGAGUAUCGACGAGGCCAACUCCUUCCCCAUCGCUGCGAACAUCAUCCGAGAAGAUUGCUACGUCGACGGCAUCUUAUCUGGAGCUGAUAGCGUAGCCGAAGCCAUCGAAUGCCAAACCCAGCUUAUUGGAGUGCUGAAAUCCGCUGGGUUCCCUGUCCAUAAGUGGAGCUCCAACUCUCCAAAGCUGCUUGAACGCAUCCCUGAAUCAGACCGUGGGGAGUUGGUGCAUCUGACUGACGGCUGCGAAGGAGUCAUGAAAACUCUAGGUUUGACCUGGAGUCCGCAGCGGGACGAGUUUGCAUUCGACGCGAAUAAUCUUACCGACUAUUUGAAACCUCCGACCAAGCGAUCUGUGCUACCCGAAAUCAGGAAGCUCUUCGACCUGAUUGGCCUUCUUUCCCCGGUCAUCAACAUCGCCAAGCUGAAGGAACCGUUGGUAUCCCUGCAGGCCUUCGUGCGGAACCGUAUUGAGAAAAUACAGCUGCUCAUGGGAUCGUCGAGUGUACAAUGGAGGUACAUUUCAAUGAAGGAACACCCGGCUGACGUCGUCUCGCGAGGACGGCUGCCAGAAGCAUUGCGUACCAACGUUCUGUGGUGGACGGGGCCCAAGUUUCUGCAGAGUGUAGAGUACGACAUCCCGGAGAUUAGAGCAACACCGAUCAUCGCAGCGAUGGCCAUCAACCAAGAUGAGCUGCCUGUGUUUUCGACGUACAGCUCAUUUCGAAAACUACAGCGUGUGACUGCUUUAGUUCAGCGAUUUAUUCGAAACUGCCGAAUAAAGAACGCCCCACAGCGUGUUACCAGUCAUCGUCCGACGAUUUCGGAGCUACGAGAGUCUCUGGAACUCAUCGUGAAGGUUAUCCAGCAUGAGACGCUAGCGGAUGAAGUUCAACGUAUGGAAUCCAACGAACCAUGCCAACGGAUCUAUGUGCUGCAUCCCAGCCAUCACAAAGGAGUGAUGCGAGCUGUCGACGUGAAGAUUGGCGGAACAAAAUACCGACGAGCGAUUUCCAAACUCUCCAUUCUGCCGAUUGAAGACAACUGCAAUCCACAUUGCAGUGCUUCAGAUGACUUCCAGCCCGGGGGUGCAUGUUCGCUACCGACAAGUACGCUCCGGUCGCAAAUGUGCCCCACUUUCCCCUAUCACGCGAGAGAAGACGGAAAACGUCAAACACGGGAGCACCAUCAUCAGCAGCAAGUUGCUCACCCGCCGCCGGCACCACCAUCAUCGCCACUCAUCGAUGUAAACACGCGCUCGUGA